AUGUUGCGCGUAACUCCCAUUUACGGAAGCCGCAGGAACAACCAAGGUCCGGCUUCUCUUGGAUCUUGCACACUAAUUGAGUAUGCAGGUGUCACGGUUCUUGUCAAUGUUGGAGGGCCAAUCGAGAACUAUGAUUGGGCAUCUCUUCCAAAACAUGAUUGCCUCUUGAUCACAGAUUCUACCAUGGCUUCUAUGGGAUCUUUUCCUUCAUAUUUCUCCUCCCCAGAAGCAAAGAAUAAAGAGGUUUAUGCAACAUUUCCGACCGUCAAGAUGGGGCAAAUGAGCCUCUACGACUACCAUGCAAACCUGUCUCUUGACGGCGGAAAACCACCAUAUUCUUUGGAUCAAAUGGAUGAUGCAUUUGCCGCUAUGCACACAAUUAAGUAUUCCCAGUCCAUAUAUUUGCCAAAGAAAGAGAAACCAAAGCUUUCUAUCACCGCACAUCGUGCUGGGCAUGUUAUUGGUGGCGCGUUUUUUGUGUUUCAGCGACUUCAAGACGACACGUCGGUCGUUGUCACGUCAACCUAUCAUGUCGCAAAAGAACUUCAUCUAGACUCUUCUACUCUGCUAAAACAUGGCGCAACCCCUGAUGUAUUAGUUACCAGACCAGGAGGUCCGGCAAUGCCACUUCUCAGUCAGCUGUAUCGAGCAAAUAAAUUGAAGCCACCCUUGGCUUCACAGUCGCAGCGAAACAUUGUUGAACAUAUAUUGAGUGUUCUGAGACGUGAUGGUAAUGUUCUAAUGCCUGUUGAUGCGAGCGGUAGAGUCCUGGAAUUGCUAUUGUUACUAAGCCAGCAUUGGGAAAAACAGCGGCUCCAAGGUGCGUAUAAUCUAGUUUGGAUGGGCCCGAUGGUUGCGAACACGAUCGAAUUUUGUAGAUCACAACUGGAAUGGAUGGCCGAGUCGCUUGGCAAUCAGUUUGAUAAUCCUGGAAAAGGGCACCCGUACGCUUUGAAAUCAGUACAUCUAUGUACUUCCCUUGCUGAUUUUGAAUCACUUGUUGCGAACGGUAACCCAACGUGUGUCUUAGCAAGUGGAGGUUCCCUUGAUCAUGGACCUGCCCGGGACUUGCUUCUAAGAUGGGCAGACAACGAUAAUCAUGCCAUAUUAUUUACUGACUCGGCCUGCUGCUAUGAAAGACCGUGGAGACGACGACGUCGGGGGCAGUCAAAUCCCAGUGAAACAUCGGAGACGAUUCAAGGGGAAAAUCCAAUUGUUUCAAAUGAAAACCAAAGUGCCUCUGAAUCAAAUAGCUUGCUCACAGCGAAUGUUCCAGUACCAACAAUCCCUUCAAAUGUGGAAGAUCACGGAGAAGAAAAUCAGGAUACAGAGGAAAUCGGGGCUGCCAUCCAAGAAGAGGAUUCAAGUGAAUACACCACCAGUUAUCAACUCCUACGACAUUGGUGUGAAGCAAAAAUGCAAGAUCGUGAAAUGGAGGAUUCUGUAUCAAUUGAUGUCUUGGUGCAACGGAGAGCUCCACUUGUUGGGCAAGAACUUAAGGUAUUUAUGGAACGAGAAGAAACGGCGAGACUGGCGAAGAGGAAACUAGAGGAAGAGCAAGCUAUGUUGAGAGAAGUUGAAUUGGCAAAAGGUCGUCUCCGAUUGGGAGAAGACCAGCAGAGCCAACCUCAUGGAGGCCAGAGGCUGGAUAGUUCGAGGAGAGACGACGGUGGAGUCGAUAGGCUUAGCCGUCCGAAGAAGAAAAGCCGCUUUGACUCUUCGCUCUUCUUCAAAUUCUCUAAACCACUGCACCUUACCUUUGAAGUCCGAGAAAAUGCAGUUGGGGUGGGCCAAAAUGAUUCAACUGCCAAGUUUGGUAUUGGUGAGGCAGUUGGAAACUCGGACGUUCUUGAAGAUGACUACGGAAUAGCAGUAGUUCCAGGCAUGUUUGUUGACAUUGUGACAGGUGUUGAUCCGUCGAAGUUUGCAGGCGGUUCAGGUCGUAUAGGCGAUGAAGUGAUACGUCGAGGUUUUGGCUUCGGUACAGUUGACAGUGGGGGCAAAAAACUUGCGAAAGAUAGGAAUUCCAUGGUUGGUAUCAAUGAAGCUGACGAAACAACUGACGAAAGAAGAUUGGAAAGUGCUGAUCUAUCUGAAGGUAAUGGGAUCAUCCGAGGGAGGAAUGGUCGCCCCCCAUCUAAAGUUGUCACUGUACCAAGAAAGCUCCAGGUCUUAGCUGAAAUCGAUUAUAUUCCGCUUGAAGGGAGAGUUGACUCGCGAGCUGCACGACAGUCCGUGAGAGCGUUACAGCCUCGACAGAUAGUUAUUCUUGGUGGUAGAACACAUAUAGAUAACGAGACAACGAACGAAGGUGGUAUUCAGACUGCGGACGAAGUGACAUCAUUGGUAGAGAAUGCCCGAACAUUUCUACAACCAAACUCGGAAAUUCUGGUGCCUUCCGACGAGGAGACAGUACGUCUGGAAGUAGGUCAUGCUGCUUUCUCAGUACGUUUGAUUGCAAACCCUUUCUUUCCACAAAAAGAAGCGAGCGGACAAGAUGCGAUGAAAGCUGUAGAAAUUCACGAGACAAAGCUCGGAGUGUGUUCUGUCAGCAUGCUCGAGCACGUAGCAACAGGUCAGAAGGUUGCUGUCGAUGGUUCAAUUGUACUCGCACCCCGACCUACAGGUUCUUCAACUCCUUCACUGUAUAUCAGUGACGGGGAGGUCCUGCUUACAGAUCUCCGAGCAGAAAUGAUUGCUCAAGGAAUGAAAGCUGAAUACAGGUAA